AUGAGAUGUAUUAAAAACUGUAUAUACUUUUUAUUUAUUUUUAUUAUUAUUUCUAAAGUUAAUUCGAGCGAUGACGAAUAUCGAUUAUUGAAUGAUUUGCGAGAAGGGUAAGAAACAUUGGAAACUUAUUUCUACAUAAAUACAUAUAACGGCAUUUCAGAUAUGAUCCAAUCGAAAGGCCAGUUGUGAAUCAUCACAAACCUAUCGAAGUUAAAUUUCGACUACUUUUACAACAAUUAGUUGAUGUUGAUGAGAAAAACCAAUUGAUUACAUUAGUUGCGUGGAUACAGUAUAAAUGGAGUGAUUAUAAAUGGAAAUGGGAUCCGGAAGAAUACGGUAUUUUAUUUAUAUUCGGAAAAAUGACAAGAACAAAUUUUGGAAUUUAUCAAACUUGAAAAAUUUAAUUUUUUUUUGGAAAAAAUUAACCCAAUUCUAGGAAAUAUAACAAAACUUCAAAUUCCUCACGGAGUUCUAUGGAAGCCAGAUAUUCUACUUUUCAACAGUGCAAAUGAACAUUUCGAUUCUUCUUUUCCUGUGAACAUGGUUGUUUCGAAUAAUGGAAGUGUUUUAUUUGCACCGCCUGGUAAGAUUCUCUGAAAAUUCUCUAAAAAUUCUCUAAUAAAAAUUCUAGGAAUAAUGCAAAUUUCCUGUUCUCUAACAAUGACUUGGUUUCCGUAUGAUGAACAAGUUUGCUAUUUGAAGUUUGGAUCGUGGACUUAUGCUGAUAAAAUAGAUUUGCAAAUUGAUGAUUUUGGUUUGGACGAUAUUCAUAAGAUGGAUCUUAGUUAUUAUGUUCCAAAUGGUGAAUUCGAUUUACUCGCAACUCCAGCCAAACGAAUUCAAACAACUUUUGAAAACGAAACAUAUAUUGAAUUGUAUUUUCAUCUACAUUUGAAGCGACGAGUUCUCUAUUAUGGGAUUAAUUGGAUUCUACCAUCGGUUUUGAUUUCUUUGAGUAAUAUUCUGGGUUUCACAAUGCCACCAGAAUGUGGAGAAAAAAUUACACUUCGUAAGUUUCAAUUUUGAAGGGGUGCUAAAUUUGAUCUACGGUAAUCCAGUUUUUUAUGCCGAAAAAAUACCAAUAUUUUUGUUAAACCUAAAUUUUCUGGCGCCAAUUUUUGAGCUACAGUACCUUAGAUUCUUAUGCUGGGAAAGGAUCUAAAAAUUCUGUAGAUCAUUUUUGGUGCCAAAUUUUUGAGCUACAGCACCCCACCCCAUGUUUGGGUAGUAAAUUACACUCUGCGAACCUCCACACAAUAUCUGAUAAAUUUCAGAAAUCACGAAUCUCUUAUCAGUCACUGUAUUCCUCGGAAUGGUCGCUGAAGUAACACCUCCAACAUCAGAAUCAAUUCCAGUCAUCGCCGCAUUUUUCUCACUAUCAAUUGUUAUUUUAGGAUUAUCAAUUUUCGCAACUCUAAUCAUAAUCAAUAUAUUUUUCCGACAUCCACGUUCACAUGUAAUGGGAGAAUGGACACAUUUUAUAUUUCUAGAAUGGCUUCCUUGGUUAUUAUUAAUGAGUCGACCAGAACAUACAUUUAAGAAACCGAAAAAAUCGAAAAGAAAUGAAACAGAUGAAGAAAAUGGAAAUGGUGAUGAAGAAAAACAAAGUAUUUAUGAAUCAGCAGAAAAUCAUGUUAGACCAAGAUUAUUGAUAAAUAGUCAAGUAUUUAAUGAGCCAGCAAUUCAAUGUUUGGAAGAUAUUAUAACUCUUUUGAGGAAAUUUCAGGUACGAUUUAAAAAAAAAGAAAAAAAAACUUCGAGAAUUUAAUUUCUUGUCGAUCCUGGCACACAAAUUCAAAUUUCGACACGUGGAUUUCCCGAAAAUUGGGAAGCCAAAAAUUACCUAGUAAAAUCAAUCACCCAAAAAUCUACUAGAAAACUUUUUUCAACAAAAAUUCCUAAUUUUUCAGACAAAAUUAGAAGAAGACGAAGAAGAAGAGGAACAAAUAAUGAAUUGGAGAUUUAUGGCAAUGGUUAUCGACAGACUUUCAUUAUUCCUAUUCACCGCUUUGAUUUUAGGCACUACUGGUAUUGUAUUUCUAGCAACACCCAAGCUAUUUUCAGCCGAUCCAAUUAUAGAUGUUUGA